UAAGGGUAGGGGUAAUUUAGUAAUUUGACAAUUAGGGCUCCUCCGUUACUAUAUAAACUUCUCAUUCUCUCUCCGUCCGCUGAAUUAGGUUUAGGUUUAGGUUUACUUCUUCUGCUUGAGACCGAAUAGCAAUGGCGGAACAGACUGAGAAAGCCUUCUUGAAGCAGCCUAAGGUGUUUCUUUGCUCGAAGAAGUCAUCUAAAGGAAAGAGACCUGGAAAGGGAGGCAACAGAUUCUUUAAGAGCGUUGGUUUGGGUUUCAAGACUCCCAGAGAGGCCAUUGAAGGUACUUAUAUUGAUAAGAAAUGCCCUUUCACUGGAACCGUCUCUGUUAGGGGUCGAAUUCUCGCUGGUACUUGCCAUAGUGCCAAGAUGGUGAGGACAAUCAUUGUUAGGCGAAACUACCUACAUUUUGUUAAGAAGUAUCAAAGAUACGAGAAGAGGCAUUCGAACAUUCCAGCACAUAUUUCUCCUUGUUUCCGUGUUAAGGAGGGAGACCAUGUCAUCAUUGGACAAUGCAGGCCAUUGUCGAAGACAGUGAGGUUUAAUGUGUUAAAGGUUGUUCCAGCUGGGUCUUCGGGUGGUGGCAAGAAGGCUUUCACAGGAAUUUAAUUCAAUUGUUUUCUACUUUUUGUUUACAUUUUAUAUUUGAGUUGAGUGAACUAAAUUAGGUAUGGCUGGCUACUCUACUCUUUGAGAAAAACUUAAAACUUAUUUUCUUCUAUGUAUGAUGAAUUGGUUUCCGAUUAAACCGCUUGAGUAUUGCAAAUUUUGAACUA